ACAACUCGCAGCGUGAACACAACUUCACAAGUUCUGUUAAAGAGUGAUCGGGUGUUGCGUUUAACCGUGUUGAACGCGAUGUCAUUUUGUUUGUCAACAAAAAAAUAGUUUUGCGUGGAUUAAAUAAAGUGUGAUUAACUGCUAAAAUGUGUGUUCGGUGAUAAGUUUUGUGUCUUUAAGUCCUAAAUUAAAUAUGAAUGCAUAAGUGCACCGAAAAUGGAUGGAGCAAACGCUGAUUCGGACCAUUCCAUGAGUUGGGAGGACUUUUUCGGUAGCACAACAGAUCUCACACCAACCCUAAUCGGUAUCUACGAUGCUCUUCUCGAACCUGCAAAGAGUCUAAGACCAGAAGUGGCCAUUUUUGAAACUGCCAAAGAUGCACGCAACGACCCACCAGUUCCAAACUCAACUAUGACAGAAGAUAAGAACAAAGAAAACACAGUCCACCCCAGCCCACCAAAACACCCGUCAAAAAUCAUUGGAAGCGUUAAACUUCCAAUAGCAACACUAAACAAAAGUUCCCUUUACAACCUUCGGACAAAAAGUGACGGUGUAAGUGAUAAAAGUGAUCCUAGUGAUGACAAAAUUCAAAGGACGUUUAAAGAAGCUAAGAUUGAUGCCUUCCAUAACCUCUCGCCAAAUGUUAAACGUAUGCUGUCCAGUGCAUCUGAGAAUACAACACUACGCUUUCAAAAGAAAACAGUAAAUAUAACGAAAUCAUCAGGCAGGAAGUGUAAUAUACCUUUAGUGGGUGCAACAUCAAAAAUAUCACAAUCUGGGUUAGAAAUCUUACCAUCCGUUGAAAUUUACGAUCAACCUAACUUGAAGCUUAACAAAAUCCAAGACUCACCUCCUCUAAUCAAGCCAGAUUUCAAAAUUGAUGAACCCGAAACUUAUGAUGUUCCCACUAAUAACCAAGCCGCGAUCUACGAUGUGCCUAACAAUAACAAAACCGCGUUCGAGUCCCUGUCACUGCCAUAUAUUGAUCAAUCUAUCGAACUGUCUAUAUCGAAUGAUAGAGAAUUCGAUACUAAACUAUCGUCUAAAGAUAUCUCCCCCUUAAAAGCUAAUAUAUCUAUACCACUAAUAUCACCAACCAAGUUAAACGACACAUUGCCUAGAAAAGAAGCAAAGUUGUUAAAGAGCGGGCCUUAUCCUCAAACGGUUGGAUCAACCGGGAAUUUAAGGCCGGAGAAGGAGAUGGCUAGACUUAAUCCACCAUUGCAAGUCACAAGGCCUCUGUCAAUGAGUUCUAUAGCUUCGUCAAGCUCGACCUCUAGUAGUGGUGUACAAAAUAAGGGAGUGAAUUCAGCCUACCUCGCGUCUAUAGAAAGCUUGGAUGACCAUAGCGAUGCAGAUAUGACAUCUGGCAAUGGGAGUAAUAAUUUUAUGAACAGUACGGGAAUACUUAAGACGAGUAUUUCCGAGGAAAGUCGAACCGAGAUAUUAACAAAUCACAACUUAGAAGAAUUAUCCGGGCUGUCUCAGCUGGAGAGGGUGUGCGCGGAAAUAGUUCAGACUGAGAACGUGUACGUCGAGGAUUUGAGACAAGUUGUAGAGGGCUACUUACACGUCUGGCGUCGGGAUGCAACAUUUUCUGAAGAUGAACUGAGAGAACUAUUCAACAAUAUAGAAGAUAUCUAUGGUUUUAACAAAUCUCUCUGCGCCGAGCUGAAUUCCUGCCAUCUGGACGCCACCUGCAUUGCUCGAUGUUUCGUCAAUAAUACAUCUGGGUUCUCAGUAUACACAUCGUAUUGUACUGGAUACCCUUGCACUAUGGAGAGGUUGGCAGCCCUGGCCUCGAAGCCUCAAAGUGCAAGGGAGUUCAGGGAACGGCAAUUAGGGCUGAACCAUCCAUUGCCACUUGCGUCCUACUUGUUGAAGCCGGUGCAACGGAUUUUGAAGUACCACUUGUUGUUACAGAACCUUGUAAAGCAGUGUGCUUCACGGGAAACAGAGUAUGCCUUCUUGAAGAUGACUGGAAUCGCUCAGCAUAUAGACGAUAUGAAGAGACGCCACGAACACGCUGUUAGAGUACAAGAAAUCCAGUCACUUCUUUACGGAUGGAGUGGUCCUGAUCUGACAACUUACGGAGAGUUGUGUGCCGAAGGGACAUUUAGAGUAUUCGGCGCGAAGGCGAUGCGUCACGCCUUCCUCUUCGACAAAAUGCUGCUUGUGACUAAAAAUAGGGAGGACGGCAUUUUGGCUUACAAGUCUCAUAUAAUGUGCAACAACAUGAUGUUAGUUGAAUCGAUAUCGGGUGCGCCCCUGUCCUUCCACGUAAUCCCUUGGGACGCGCCGCGUGCGCAGCUCACUUUACAAGCACGCUCGCCGCGGCACAAGCGAGAAUGGACUUUAUUGCUUAAGAGGGUCAUAUUAGAAAACUACAAUGCAGUUAUACCCUCCCACGCUAGACAAUUAGUAAUGGAACUUGGACAAAACAAAACUGAUGAUGACAUCCUCGCGGAGAAAUCGCAUAACUUAAUAACUCAAGCAUCCAUGAGAAAGCAACUCUCUGCGCCCGAAUAUCUCGAAAAGCGAAAAUUAGAACGAGAGAGACGAAAAUCUUUCGAGAACGGCACAAGGGGACGAUCAAAGAAGCCAAAUAGAAAACACACGAUUCCGGAUUCAAGGGACACGAGCCAGGACUGUGACUGCGCUCAAGUGUCCGCAGAAAAAGGCACAGAUUAUACUUGCGAUAAUUGCUAUAUUGACCUCUGUUCCGAUUGUGAAAUCGAACUGUCAAAAGAUAAAAAAGAAGAAAAGUGCACAUGUAAAACUUUAGACGAUGUGAAAUGCCCCGAAUGUGAUCGCUCCCUUAAUUAUAUUGACACGGGAAGUGUUGAAAACGUAGAACGAAAACCUACUUGCAAAUGUUCAGAUUUUAAAUCGUCGCAGGAAAGUUUCAGCAACAAUUCCUUGAAAAAAACGCGAUGCUACCAUUCCUCUGAUAACAUAGUUGGCUAUGACGUUAGGAGCAAAGAAGAUGUAUCAGAUUUGACUAGUGUUAAAGCACUAAAAACUUGCCUUAAAUGUUCGAAGAUUAAGGAAAACAUACCGGUGACUGAUUCUGUGGGAACCCCACACACGAGAAAGUCUAGAUGUGUCGAUAUCGAUAAGACCAAAACUGAUACUCUAAGAUCUAAAUCAAAAGAUGACCCACAAAGAUCAAAACUCUCAAGAAUUGGUACAUGGAGACGUAAAUCAGAACCUGGAUUGCAACAAAAUGGACAAAGUAUUUUAGCUAAAAGAUCUCAUGAUAGUGAUAGUGAAAGAAACGAUGGGAGAAAUGAUAAAAUUGAAUUUGAAUGUAGAAAUUGCGGGUCAAAUAGAAUUAAUAAAAAAAUAAAAUCAUCACAUGGAAAUCUGGCUCCUGACAUAGAAGAGAGACGACAAUUGAAUGUUAUUAAGCAAAACUUAGAAAUUAAAAUGUACAAUACGAAAAAUAUACCUAAAAAGAUUACAAAAAUUAAGAAAAACAGAGCCAAAGGUCGUCUCAGUUCUGACACGACAACUCGAUUUUACACUGACUUCUCUAGUGACGUAUCUACUGAGAUCCUUCAUAUAUCCGAAUCUAACGACAGCCUUAAUAUCGAAGAUUCAAAAGAUACAAAAAAUAAUUUUGUGAUACCAGAGCCUAUCACUAAGGAUGAAGGAAUCGACGAAGAAACAUAUAAAAAACUCAUAGAAAAGACAGACUCCUUUAAAAAGAAUGAAUUAGAAAAGGUAAAGUACUUACACAAACAGAAAAUUAUCAACGAAGGUUCCGAAAUCGACGAAAAAGCUGAGUCACAACAACUGCCAGAUGAUGUUCAAGAAAGUUGCGAAGAGAACGAACAACCACUUGAACAGCUAAUUUCUCAACUUUUGAUGCAAAAUAGAGAGUUUCAGAAACUAUUAAAGAAACAACAAUUAAGAAAUACUGCUCAAAAAAGGCAUCAACGUCUGCUUAAAUCACAUUCGAUUCCUGAUCAGGUCAUUUCGGGUCGCAAUGAAGUAAUAAAGUUUAAACCUAAAUUUGGACGACAAAUGUCUGAAAAUCUACAACUUUCCAUUGACGAAGACGACGUCGCAAACAAUGAUGAACAACAUAAAGGAUUAUCUGACGAUGACCAUAUAUAUGAAACAUUGAGAGUAGAAGACCGCUUAGAUGAAAACCUGCAUAGUCUUAAUAGCAAAAGUAAAAUAAUACAGCAUCAUCCACCUAACAAAAAGUCACCACCGAGUUCUUUGAUACACUUGUCUUCAGAAAAGCCCAAGAAAGGGGGACCUGAGUCUGAUUAUGUCUAUCUCUCAUUCGAAGAAAUAAAAAAAGUAAGCGAUGCCUUGGACAAUGGUAUCUAUGACGUUCCCGCUAAAACGCCAGAGAAAGUGGUGGACCAUCCAGAUAGACGUAUUAGCACAGAUUAUUACGUUACCAUGGAACAUAAUGGUCCAGCUACGGAAUCUAACGAAAAUUUAUAUGAUAAUUUGGUAGAUAUAUGUAGAAGAAAAAAGGAAGCUCCGAGCACAUUACCCGCAGAUUAUUUGCCAAUGAGUCCGGAUCAUCAAAGCCCAAAUACUCCAGAAAUUUGGUUAAGUCGUCAGAAAGAACAUUUCAAUGUCACAAGGGACAGAAAGUCGGGCUCUUUACCUAGAAGUUUCCAAGUUCCAACAAGUAGUCCAGAAGAUAAUAAUCUUAGUACAUUUAAAUCGAAGCCUAAUGCAAAUAGUAAGACAUAUCUUAACCGAGACGGAAAAGUAAUGAGCGUUGAUCGACCAUUCACAAUUGCGUCAGAUCAAAGCGAAAUAAGCUAUGAUGACGUCGAGGCUUACAUGAGUGAACGAGACAUAUUGAAAUUCAAUAAAAGUUCUAAAUCUACUGAUGAUUCACAAAACAUAAGUAAAUCUACAUUAGAACUGGAGGAAGAAAUCGACAGAUGCUACAAAAAUAACUUUGAAAAGAUUGAUUUAGAUUCAAAUAAAAAUGAGAACAUUUUGAAAGACGCUCAUAAUAAUUUGAACAUAUCAGUUGCGUCCUCUUGCGAAGCUUUAAUUGUCGACCAAAGUGAUAAAUCGAAAAUGGAUGUUAUACAUCCAGAACAUAAAAUUUACAAACCAAAUGGAAACGUGCUGUCCCUCAAGAAUGUUUUAAGUCGAUUUAAAAAUCGGACACCACCAAAAGGCGAAGAAAUGGAGAUGAAUGCCAAUGAACAGUGCCUUGUGGAUAGCAAAAGUGACCUCAAAAGUCCUACAAAUGAAAAGAGAUCUGCUCUAAACCCUAGAAGUUACUCUAAAAACUUGUUACAGAGAUUUAGAAAUAUUAUCGGCGAUGAACAUUCGGACGAUAAUCAAAACAAAAUUGAACCAAAAGUAUCCAAAAUUGAUUCUAAUGAUAUUCAAGUUGUCAUAACAUCUGCAGAAAGCAGUCCAACCACAUCUACUAUUGUAUACUCUGCAUCGGAUGCUCUUAGUAAAAGUGUUUGUGAAAAUACUACAAUGAGUGAAAGUCAAACAGAGAAAAAUAAUCUAGAACUAUUAUCGCAUAGCUGUGAUAACUUAUCUAAAAAGCCCUUUAGACCAUCAUACGAGAAAAGCGUUAGUAUGAUUACGUCUAUGCCCAAUUCUAUAAGCAGUACACCUUCGCCGUCAAAAUCUAACAAUAGUUCUUAUCAGAGUUUAAAUAAACUGCCAAGUUACAUGCAAGGCAGUCGACACUUAGGCGCUAGAAUAGCUCAAUCUGAUUAUGUCGAUCCAAUGACUUUACUAAAUGAAAGAAAUCAAUUGAAGAACAUAAAUAUACUUAUUAAUAAAAAUUCUAUGCGGCCAGAUAGCUUAUUUUCCAAUUCAUCUUUUGUAACCUCAUCAAGUGAAAGCACAUAUCAAGAGUCACAAAAUUCUCAGAAUCUUGCGAAUGUUUCUGAAAAACCGACCGAGACCGCCCAGAUUCAUUCGGACGAAAGUUUUUAUGAAAAAACGUUUGAAAAGAUUGAACAAGUUACAGAUGAAGAUGUUUUUAGAGAUUCGGCUGUUUAUUCCGAUCAAGAAGACGCGGAAGAUAAAGAACCCGAAAAACCUAAACAAGCUAUUAAAUUAAACAGAGUCGAGAAUCUUAAACGUGAGUCAUCAUUCAACUCAAAGAAAAUUAUAUCGAGUAUCACUGAAAUAUCUAGCAUACAAACUGUUACUAUAAACAAAACACAUAGUACCACCAAAAGUACUGUAACAAAAGAAGACAGAGUUAUAAGGCCAAAAAUUGCACCGCCUGUUCCAAUUAAACCUAAAAUAACACAGACGUCAGUAUCUACGAUACAAACUAAAACUGUCGGUAAUAAAAAUUUUGUUAAGGAACAACAGUCCUCAUCAUCGGAAACUGUUAAUAAUCGAAGAAUCAAACGAAACAUAGAUAGUAAACCAGGAUUCACACGAUCAGAAUUUACUCCAAGUAAAAGCGAUGGAAGAGUUACGCCUAAAGCUGAAACUAACACUAAGCACGAACCAGAAUCGGAAGAGGGAAAGACUAACAUACAAAUCAAAAGAUUAGGUUUUGAAAGAGCUAGCUUAGAUUCAGCGACACGCAAGCGUCCCGUAGAGAAAAAACGAUCGUUAGAACAGCCAAAGACCAAAUCAGUUUUAGAGAGACGAAUGGAACUCGAACAGUUAACAAAAGCUCAAAAUAGGACUAUUAAAAAACCAGCAAUUAAACCAAAGUUGAUUACUACAAAAGUUCAAACAUUUGAAAGAUCUGACAAUACAGUAGAAAAUAAUGUAAAUAACGACAUUCCUGUAGAUAAACCCAGUAUUAGUGACGACCCAAACGAUGAACAAAAAGGUAGUUGGGUGAAACAAGUGGUUAAUAAAUUCCAAUAAUUGCAUUUAAAACGAUUCCGUCUGGUUUUGUACUCCAUUUGUGUGUAUGGAGGGCAACGAAUAGAUGAGUAUAAAGGCAGUUCAGGCAGAGAUAGUUCAGAUAUACACUCAAAGUGGCUGUCAAAUUUGACAGGAAAUCUGACAGUCAAUUUGCCAAGGACUAGGACUUUAAGGGUAAAAAGAGACCUCUAACUAUCGAACUAUAGCUAAAUUAUUGAUUUAUUUUAACAAAAAUAAUUUUGAAUAAAUAACGAAAAAACAGAGGUAGAAUAGAAGUUAUUCAUUAACUGUUGCUUUUCCUGAGGCAGAGACGGCCAUAAUCAAUUUAAGUUUGCUUACCCACACAAUUCUAGCUAAUACGAAAUUACAAUGUUGUAUUAUACCAACCCUAUAAAUGCCUAAUACUUCUCUAUUUGUUUGUCUUUCGAAAUAUUUUUACGGUUAUACCCAUGUGAAUAGACUUAGCAUUAUAUAAUCAUCGUUUUGAUACCUAAUACUAACAUAGAGCUUAAAAGGUUGUAAAUAGUUAAUAUCAAACCUCUUUGGCUUGAUAUUUUGUGCCAUAGACAAGGUAAUAUUUUAAUAUGGCAACAGCACAUAAGCACGCACAUUGUAAAUAUCGUUAUACAUAAUAAAUCAAUUUAUUGACAUAAUUUUUAAUCAAAUUAAGCGGUUUUAAGCUUAUACAAACGUGCCAUUUAGCACAAAAUUGUUUUACUUGCAAUUACUUGAUACUAAAGUAUUUAUUCUAGUUUAUUUUUGUUGUAGCUACUAACACCAAAAAGUAGUUUAUUUUAUCUUAAGACAAAUCUAUUUUUUCUUGAUUUAUUAUAUUUAUAAUUGGUAUCAAAGUAGCCGGUGAAUAAAUAAAAUCAAUGAUCUAAGCGGCAAAAUUUUAAAAUAAACAUCAUUGGUCGGAACAUUGUGUACUUUAGAACGAUACAAUCAUACACAUUUCACACCUAUUUGUUACUCACACUCAUACUCUCAUUUCUAGACGACUGCACAGAAAUAAUACUGAUAUGAACUGCAUAGGCUAAUAUCGUAAUUAGGCUUUCAGUUAAUAAAUUGUAAUCAAAAUUCAAAUUAUUUGUCAAUUCAUAUUAAUACAUAAUCUUAAUCUAUUCCAAGAAUACUUAACACAUGGAGACUGUUAGAAUAAGUUCAACACAACUAACCUAGUGUAAUCGAAAUCUCAAAUGUACUCUACUUAUAAAACUUGGUCAUAAAAUUAAUCUAUGGAUAUUAUAUUCUCAUAAAAUCGACUUAGCAAAAUCAACGAUUAUUCAUACGUUCGAUAAACUUAACGGUGGGCAGAGAAGGCUCGUCUUAAAAAAUAUAGACCCAAAGUGUCGAAUGUCAAUCUCCAAUGUUUAGGCUUGAUUCUCUCUACGCGGAGACAUUGCUUCUCUUUGGGGUUCUCUACAAAGUGUUCUCACUGUAGUACACUGACAAAAAUUGUUUAUGUUGAUUCCUCCUGCCGCGUUUCAACACCGUACAGAUACCGGCAAACUUCUUAAGCAUUAAACAAGGGAGUGGGGGAAAGUUUGCGCAUCGUACACAGCGCGGGAUACAAAUGGAUUUACCAAUCACGCGAUCGACACGUCACUCCCCGCUGUCGCGCACUAUACCAGUGAUACCUAAAAAUUGCUUCAGCGCAGGCAAGGACAUUUGUUCAAGACGUUUGCCGGCAUCUGUACGAACCGUAUCAAUUCAAAAUUACAUCUGCACCACCUGGAAGUCUUCCACAGUCCGUUUCACAAGGCACUUUCUAUUGCGAACUAUCGAACAGUGGUAUCGACGUCCGGUGGAGGUCUUCCCUGACAGAUACGAGCUCCAAAUAUUCAAAGUUAGAGUGUACGUAACGUGCGUAGAGUGUUUAACGCACUCACUGAAAAUGGGUGUCCAUUAACCUUUUAUUUUAUUGUGAGCACACGAGCGUCAACUAGAUUUUUUAAAAGUUUUUUAUUCAUACAAUUUUUUUAAGGAGUAUCGUUACGAGAAUAUAAUAACCACGUUAAAAUUGGUAUUUAAUCACACAUAAUAUGCCUUAUUGUAUCGAUUAUAUAAUCAAGCCUUAAAAAGUGCAAAAAAACAUUGUAGUUUUAUAUCAUGGUUUGUGAAUGAAGCAAUCUCUUAUUUCCGGUUUUAGUUAAAAAUUUAAAAACGUUUACCUUCCUUUAAGUUUAUAUCAUGCCUCUAAUUUCCUUAAAAUGAACCCGGAAUGUAUUUAGUGGCAACAUUUUUUUCCUUCACGACUUUUUUUUAUGAAAUGUUUUUAAACGAUUAUUUCAUUGACAAACCAAUAUUUUUAUACGUAUUCGAAUAUGUACAAUACAGUUGUGAGCGUUUAAGCGCGUAGAGUCUUAGGUAUUUUGUAAUGUGUACUAACCAAU